CUCGUUUAUCUAUCGAGUUUUUGAGCCACUGAGAUUCGAGAUAAAGGGAUAGAGAGAGAAAUGAGAACGAGGAGUGGGGUUUGUUACCCUAGAGCCGAUGUCUGUGUGGAAAUGAGAACAGUUGUUAAGACCAGGGAUUUAGCCGGUGAUUCUAUGGGUUGCCGGAAACGGCGAAGGUUAUCCUCGGAGAUUGCCGGAAAGAGAGAUUUGUUCGAUGUUUUGCCAGAUGAUAUCGUCGUUUCUAUAUUCUCUAAACUCGGCUCCACCGCCCGUUGCCCUUCCGAUUUCAUUAACGUUUUGAAUACAUGCAAGAGAUUUAAUAGUCUAGCACUCAAUUCUGUGGUGUUAUCUAAGGCAUCACCGGAAAUAUUUGCCGUUGAAGCCAGAAACUGGUCUGAGUCAGCUCACAGGUUCUUGAAGACUUGCGCCGAUGUCGGAAAUGUUGAAGCUUGUUACACGCUCGGAAUGAUUCGGUUCUACUGUUUACAAAAUCGAGGGAGUGGAGCCUCUCUUAUGGCUAAAGCGGCAAUUAAUUCUCACGCGCCGGCGCUGUACUCCUUAGCUGUGAUUCAGUUUAACGGCAGCGGCGGUACUAAAGACGAUAAGGACCUUAGAGCCGGUGUGGCUUUGUGCUCCCGGGCUGCUUUUCUCGGCCACAUCGACGCCCUACGUGAGCUCGGCCACUGUCUGCAGGAUGGGUAUGGCGUCCAGCAAAACAUCGCCGAGGGACGUCGGUUUCUCGUCCAAGCCAACGCCCGUGAGCUAGCUGCUGUUUUAUCAUCGGCAGAGGCUUCGAACUUAAACACGCACUCUUGGCUCACGUGGAACCCGUACCCAAUCCCGCAAGCCAGCCACCGACAGCCGGCCUUGCCGGGAUGCCCAUUGCUGAGUGAUUUCGGAUGCAAUGUGCCGGUGCCGAAGGCGCAUACGGCUAGCAGGUUUUUAGCGGAGUGGUUCGACGCUCGAGGCGGGAUGCCCCGUGCGGGUUUGAGGCUAUGCUCGCACGUCAGUUGUGGGAGGCCGGAGACAAGGAAGCACGAGUUUCGUCGGUGUUCGGUUUGCGGGGCUGUGAAUUACUGCUCACGCGCUUGUCAGGCUCUUGAUUGGAAGCUCCGCCACAAAGCCGAGUGUGCGCCGGUAGAACGGUGGCUCGUUGAAGAAGCUGAUGGUGGCGACGGUAACGAUGCUAUCGACGGAAAUGAUGACGUCAUUGCCGGAAGUUAAAAACGGAAUUUAUUGUUUCAAUACCGUAAAAUACGAAGAACAAAAAACAAUUCCUGAUGGUCGUUGGAAGUUGAAACGACGGAGUUUUCUUUCCCUUAAUUAGGCUGUAGGUUAGAGUUGAGUUUAAACCGUCCGAUAUUAAAUCUCAAUUUAAUUUUGAGAUUCGAAAUUGGAGGUUUUUA